GAAUCAGCUUCAGCGGUCGCUCACAAAGCAAAAGCAUUUAGUUUUGUACUAGUGAUAAGAAAAAGAAAAAGAAAUACAAAGAAUUUGUAGCUGAACAGAUCAGCUGGAAAAUUACUAGGACGUCGUCAAGGUUUCAAGCUGCACUGUAUACGUCUCAUUUCUCCGCCCUCCACCCUCAAGGACUAGUUUACUCUCACCUCUCUUUCCUGGGCAUGGGUGCUGGGUGAGGAUGACACAGACAGGCAGACAGCGAAUCAAGAGAAAAGCGAUGAAGGUGAAGGACAAUGGUGUGGUCUUUAGAAUGGAAAAGUCUUUCAUCUCGCUGUUUGAGUACCGGGGAGUGCCGUGCUGCUGCUCCGGUUCCGGUCCCGGUCCCGGUCGCAAUGGAAAAUCUGAUUGGUUUUUGAACGAGAAACACGGUUAUCUUUGGGACAAAUGGAUGAUUGGUGCAAGAUUAGGCCAAUGGUUAAGUCUUCUCGUUUGCUGCUUGCUGAUAUUACUGAAAGCAGAAGGCGGUAGCGUAGGAAUUACUUAUCUGCAGAAUGCUGUAGCAAAAGGAGCUGUUUGUUUGGAUGGGAGCCCACCUGCUUACCAUUUCGACCCGGGCUCUGGCGCUGGAGUUAAUAAUUGGUUGGUUCACAUGGAGGGUGGAGGAUGGUGUGAAGAUGUAGAAAGGUGCCUUUCUCGUAGGGAUACUGAUUUAGGCUCAUCAAAGCAAAUGGUCAAGCAAUUUGGUUUCUCUGGACUUUUGAGCAGCCAGCAAAAAUCCAAUCCAGAUUUCUACAACUGGAAUCGGAUUAAGGUUAGGUACUGUGAUGGAUCAUCAUUCACAGGCGAUGUGGAGGCACCAGUUAAUAAUCUGUUCUUCCGAGGAAAUAGAAUUUGGGAAGCUAUCAUUGAAGAUCUAUUAGCAAAAGGAAUGAGAAAUGCUAAGAACGCUAUUCUUUCAGGCUGUUCUGCUGGUGGAUUGGCUUCGAUAUUGCACUGUGAUAGAUUCCGAGCUCUCCUUCCGGCUACAACUAAAGUAAAAUGCAUUUCGGAUGCUGGCUUCUUCAUUCAUGCGAAGGAUGUUUCUGGGGGGCAGCACAUUGAAAAUUUCUAUAGCCAAGUGGCUAAAUUACAUGGAUCUGUUAAGAAUUUGCCAGCAUCUUGCACUUCAAGAAUGAGUAUGAAACCAGAGUUGUGUUUCUUCCCACAGUACGUGGUGCAAACUAUGCAAACACCAAUCUUCUUCAUAAACGCAGCUUAUGAUUCCUGGCAGAUCAAGAACAUUUUGGCACCCACUGCUGCUGACUCUGGUAAGGCCUGGAAAAGCUGCAAGCUUGAUCUAAAGAAGUGUACACCUGGACAGCUCAAAAUCAUCCAUGAUUUCAGGGCACAAUUCUUAAGUGCCCUAACCGGAGCUGGCAGCUCUUCAUCUAGAGGAAUGUUUAUAGACUCCUGCUAUGCCCACUGUCAAGCAGGAAAGCAGAUAACAUGGUCAAGCAACAAUUCCCCUGCAGUGGGUAACACGAAAAUCGCGAAGGCUGUUGGAGACUGGUAUUAUGAGCGGAGUCCCGUCCAAAAGAUAGACUGCCCUUACCCCUGCAACCCCACUUGCCAGAACACUGAUUCUGAGUCACAACUCCCAGAUAUAUAGACUUUGUUUCUGAUGCCGUAAUAAUUUAAUUAAAUCGAAGCAUAUCUAUGGUUCAUGUCUCCCAGCAGCUAAUCCCAUCUCUGCCUAUCUGGGUUGUUGUUUUUAUCAAGAUUAUUCUAGUGUAUAAUCUCAGAAGCAAGGCUACAAUUUGUUUGAACUUGCAUCAUUACUUCUACUCUUAUUUAUGCAAUCUUGUAAUGUAGUUGCCACUUAUGUACACUGGAUAAAAAUAAAUUAAUCCAAGAUUUUUACUAGUA